AGUUUCUGUUUUGGCUACCUUUUCUUUUAAUUAAAACAUUAUUUAAUCCAUCUUUCUGUUUGCACCUGCUGCUUGGGUUCUCCUGUCUGGUUUCCGUGACAGAACCCUAUGGAUUAGGAAUGGGAUGCCAUUUACAUUCAUUAGUGAGUCAAGGCAGGAGAGCGAAUACUAUGAAGGUAUUUCAGGUGCAAAAUGUUUGAGCACCUGUAACAUUGAAUUUGUAUGUGUAUCAGCAAAUCUGAUUUCCCACACUCUGAGUUGUGUACUUGUAAAAUAAUUUCUUGUAUGUGUCGAUUUUUUUUUUCUUCCCACAAAUGCAACACAAAAAUACAUUCACAAAAUCGUAAUUCCAGGUGCACAAAUCACAUUUACAGGUGCACAAAUCCUUCUCUACAAGUCACAUAUUUCAACACUGACACGCUCACAUUUUGCACCUAUUGUCGCAGCACACUAAGUGCAAAACAUACUUGUGCACCUGUAUUGUACGAAGUGAAGUUGAGGUGAGAAUUUGAAUAUGUGUAAAUCUGAAUGUGAACUUGUGGAAUAAUUUACCACAAAAAUAGCUGUGUCCUCUAACACAUGAACACAAAUUACUACUUACAACCACUCGAGUCCUCCCCACGAGUCACACAUUCUGUUUUCUACAGGUGCAAAUCAGAACUCAUACUUCCGGUCCCGCUGAGCUAUUUGGUGCAAAACUACAAAACGAUCCGAUCUGUGCAUAAAUUCUAUGCUCUGAGAUUGACAGACUUUUCGGCCAGUCAGAGAGACGCUUUGCCCACCCAGCCAAUCAGAGGUCGCUUUACCGACUUCCAGGUGUGGAAUUUUACGAUGGAGAGAGUGUAGGGAGUUCUUGUUUUGGACGGCUGGUCUGCUCUAAUCUCUAUAAUGCGCAUUUCCCAAUGACUCAAAUAACUUAUCCAUUCCUCUUAGUAUAUUGAAAUCAAAGCCUACACUCUCUCCAUCGUGAAAUUCCACACCUGGAAGUCAGUAAAGCGACCUGAGAGGAAAACACAACAUGUGACUAAACUAAUCUCCUUUAGAGUAGAAACAUCAAAAAAUACAUUUCCAGAGUAGAAAUGUAUGAAAAAUGUUUGGUCCCAUACAAAGGCCAAACAUUUGUCGUACAUUUCUACUCUGGAAUCUUGAGGUGGUGAGCCUCUCUUUCGCAACGUGUCUAGACUCGAGUAGAUCAGAGGAGGGACAGUCUGAAAAAUUAUACAAGGGAGGUUAAUUGUUUGCUUCCAUUUUUGUUGUAGAUUUGGUUUGAUGCACAGACAUUGACAAACCCUCACUCAUACGUUUUCUGAGGAGCGGUCUUGAAGCUUGAAACGUUACUAUCUUGACUAUAUUAACACAGAAAGUAAUGACAAAGUGGACGAAGAGUGGAGCUGAGGUGGACCACAGACAGUCCUGUGACAUGACCCACCUGCACAAGUAUGCAUAAAUUGAGGUUUCAUUACAAUGUCAAUGGAUGAAUUCUUCAGAAAAUCCCCACCUGUACAGUUGUCCUGAAAGGGGUAUUUAGUAAUAGAGACUGAAACCUUUUCUUGCAUCAGGCUGUGAAUGUGUUAUUUCUGUGUAAAGCUGGACAUUUUAACAUGGGGAUCCAUGGAGAUGGAUUCCCUUCUGUAGGCUGCCAUAAGUGGACAUUUGAGAAACUGCAGUUUUUGGAACUUUGUUGCAUGCUGGCUUCAAUUUCUGUCCCUGUUUUGUGAAAUGAUGUCAGUAUCUCAAUAUCUCAUGUGAUAUGUUGAUAAUUGUGGGUCAGUGUAAGAUCUGGUGACUGUGGAGGCCAUAUCUUGUGAGUUACAUCAUCUUUCAUACCGAUUACACCAUUGAUUGACCCCCAAUGACCUCCAUGUAAGCAUCAGGAAGAGAUAGGUUGGAUAGAGCAAAGGAGGAAGGACAACAGUGUUCUUCAGAGACUGAAAGAGAGAAAGGGAGUGAUGGUAGAAAGAGAUAAAUGAGCUGUAUGACAGAGAGUUCUGGUCAGAGGAUGGAGGUCCAGGACAGAGCAGAGCUCUGCUUUCCUCAACUCCUCAACACCUCCUGCAGGAAGCCGACAUCUCACCGGUUUCAAGAUGUAUUUGUGCACGUUGUGCUGUCUUCAAUAUCUGUGCUCACUAUUGUUCUCAACCUGCUCGUCAUCAUCUCAGUCUCCUACUUCAGGCAACUCCACACACCCACUAACAUCCUCCUGCUCUCUCUAGCUGUCUCUGACUUUUUUGUGGGCACCGUGUUGCUGCCGUCAGAUAUUUACGUACAAACCCAGUGCUGGUUGCUCGGCGAUGUGAUGUGUUCUCUUAUUAAUUAUGUGAUCUUCAUUGUUUUGAGUGCUUCAGUAGGAAACAUGGUGCUUAUUUCAAUUGACCGAUACGUUGCUAUUUGUCAUCCUCUGCAUUAUCCCACCAGAGUCAAUGUGUCAAAAGCCAAACUGUAUGUUUUUUUGUGUUGGUUCUGUUCUGCUUUCUAUGUUGGUAUUGUAUUUAGGGAUAUGCUGAAUCAACCAAGCAUAACUAAUUCCUGCGAUGGAGAAUGUGUUGUUGUUUUCAGCAAAACUGCAUUUGUGACUGACCUUGUCGUAAGCUUUAUUGCUCCAGUUAUAGCCAUUAUACUUCUAUAUAUGAGAAUAUUCGUGGUGGCUGUGUCGCAGGCCCAUGCCAUGCGCUCUCACACUGCAGCUGUCACACAUCAGCAUUCAGUGGCACGAAGUACAAAGAAAUCUGAGUUGAAAGCAGCCAGGACUCUGGGUGUUCUCGUACUUGUGUUUCUGAUAUGUUUCUGCCCAUCGUACUGUGUCGCCAUUGUAGGGGCCAGCCCUUAUUCUAUAAAUCUUGCGUCUAUAAUGUUUUAUUUGAACUCCUGUCUAAACCCUCUGAUCUAUGCCCUGUUUUAUCCCUGGUUUAGAAAGGCUGUGAAACAUAUUGUCACUCUGCAGAUACUGCAGCCUGGCUCCUCUGAGGUCAGCAUGUCGUAGUGAAACUGUGGAGUGACUGAAAUAACAGCAGCUAUAAAAAGUUUAUUAAUCAGUGAAAUGAGCAAUUCAAUGAUCUGGAAAGAGUAAAUGUACAUUGUACGUGAAAUGAAACAUUUACACAAUUUGUACAAAACUUACAAGAUUUUUAUAUUAGCUUUAAUACUCAGUGUAUUAAAGCUCACAUAAAACUUUCUUUUUGUAUAGUUGGGGUUUAAAUGUCAAUCAUUUCAUGUGUACUGAACUCAGAGCCCUUCCAGUCUGAACUGUACCUCUCAUAUGAAAAUACAGCAUGUUUCAGUAUGACUGUGCAUCAAACAAAUCUGUUAAAACUGUGAGAUGUAAUGUUGUCAAUAUAAACUGUUGAUGAUGAGCAGUGUAACCAUGAAAAAAGUUCUAUUAAAGAGCAACAGUCCAGUA